AUGCGGGCGGCGUUACUCAUCCAGCGCUGGUACCGGCAGUACGUGGCCCGACUGGAGAUGAGGCGGCGCUGCACGUGGAACAUUUUCCAGUCGAUCGAGUACGCAGGGGAACAGGAUCAGAUCAAGCUGUACAAUUUCUUCGGCUACCUCAUGGACCACUUCACUCCUGCCAGCAAUGAAAGGAAGCUGAUCUCACACAUAUUUCGCGAGACGGAGGUCUUCCUGGACGCCGAAUGGGAGCGCUACUUCUGCUACAAGGACAUCGUGGUGCCGGACAUCUACACUGGACCUUACCUGACCUUUCCUUUGAGUGUCAGCAAUGUCACCGAUCUAGUGGAUGCCUUCAAACAAAAACAACAGCUCCAUUCUCGGUACGUCCUCCAGCUCCUCGGGGAAACAUGGAGAUUGCUCCGGGUUCUGCCAAACAUCAACAUGGUGUCUACACGCCACAGCAAGGAGAUAACCAUCUGUGGAGACCUUCACGGACAACUGGAAGAUCUCCUCCUGGUCUUCUAUAAGAACGGCUUGCCGUCCAAAGAGACGCCGUACGUCUUCAACGGAGACUUUGUGGAUCGAGGGAAAGACUCCAUUGAGAUCCUGCUGAUCCUGUUUGCCUUCCAGCUGGUGUAUCCCAACGACGUCCAUCUCAACAGAGGAAACCAUGAAGACCACAUAGUCAAUCUGAGGUACGGGUUCACCAAAGAGGUGCUUGGGAAGUACAGGGUUCAUGGGAAGAAAAUCCUAAAACUGCUCCAGAAGAUAUUUAGCUGGUUGCCCUUGGCAACCGUCAUUGACCAGAAAGUGCUGAUUCUUCACGGAGGAAUCUCAGACACCACCGACCUCCACCUCAUCACCAAGCUGGAGAGACACCGAUACGUCUCAGCACUGAGGCCCCCGAAGCGUCCCCGGCAGACCCCGAAGCCCUCGGACAGAGACGAGGAGCGCUACAGCACCUCCAGCAGGAAACGAGUGCGCUCUUUAACGUACGAGCGACGCCCCCUGCAGACCUACCACAUUCGCACGAGUCCCUCUGUGGAGGAGGAGCUUCAGGAAUGUAGGAGGUGGGCGGGGCUUAGCGCCUCCUGCGACAGGCUUAAUUUCUUUUCCUCGGACUCGGAUCCCGACUCAGUAGAAGCUCCAGAGACGGAUGCAGAGGAGUGGAAGCAGAUAGUGGACAUGUUAUGGAGUGACCCGAUGCCGCAGGACGGCUGCGUCCCAAACGAGGUGCGAGGAGGCGGCUGUUACUGGGGUCCUGACGUCACUCGCAAAGUCCUCGACCGCCACAACCUGCAGCUGCUAAUCCGAUCCCACGAGUGUAAACAGGACGGAUACGAGUUCUGUCAUGACCGCAGGGUUCUGACCAUUUUCUCUGCAUCUAACUAUUACGAAGUGGGCAGCAACAGAGGAGCCUAUGUAAGAUUAGGACCAGACUUAAACCCUCAUGUUAUCCAGUACCAGGCCAGCAGAUCCACCAGAGAACUGACCCUGAGACAGAGUGUUGGACGGACGGAGCGUUCGGCUAUCCAAGCCUUGAGAGAACAGCUCUUUGCUCAUAAAUCAGAGCUCAUCAGUGCCUUUCAGGAGUAUGACCCAGAGCACACAGGCAUGAUCUCCAUGAAGCACUGGGCUGCUGCCAUGGAGUCGGUGCUGCGACUCGGCCUGCCGUGGAGAGUCCUGCGAUCCCAGCUGGUGGGCAGCAACACGCAGGACGGCACGCUCAACUACCUCCAGUGGUUCCGAGAACUGGACCUCACUGAGCCCAACAGCGAGCUUGCUCACACAGGGCUCCUGGAAACCAUGUACAGACAUCACUCCAAUCUAGAGACCAUCUUCAGAAUUAUAGACACUGACCACUCAGGACUCAUCUCACUGGAGGAGUUCCGUCAGACGUGGAAGCUGCUGAGCUCGCACCUGAAGAUGGAGAUCAGUGACCAGGCCAUAUCAGACCUGGCCAUUAGCAUCGACUUCAACAAGGAUGGCAGCAUCGACAUCAACGAGUUCAUGGAGGCCUUCAGGCUGGUGGAGAACACGGUCGGAGCCGUGACCUCUGACCUCUUACAGAACAAAAGCCCCUCAUCGAGCCUCGAUGAGUCUGACCACAGAAACUGUUUGGAAAUGUGAAUCUCUGAACAUUGAAAUAAAAUGACUCGAAAUAUCAAAGAGCUCAAAAUAUACAUAUACACCGGUCAGCCAUAACAUUCUGACCACUGACCGGUGAAGUGAAUUAGACUGAUGAUCUCCUCAUCAUGGCACCUGUUAGUGGGUGGGAUAUAUUAGGUAGAACUGCAGCUCUUGUGGGGUGUUCCUGGUCUGCAGUGGUCAGUAUCUAUCAAAAGUAUCCUGUAAGUCCUGUAAAUUGCAAGGUGGGGCCUCCAUGGAGGAUCUGCUACUAACAUCUUGGUGCCAGAUCCCACAGCUCACCUUCAGGGAUCUAGUGGAGUCCAUGCCUCGAUAGGUCAGGACUGGUAUAUAUUAGGCAGGUGGUCAUAAUGUUAUGGCUGAUUUAACAUUGCAUGCAAAUAUAUUCCAGUGCUUUGAAUUCAGCAGCGUUUUAAUUUCAUUAUAAAGAAUUAUUGCUGAAUUAUUAUAACAUUUCCUUAACCUUUAUUAUCCAUAAGGUCAAGCAUAACAUUGAACUGAAUCUACUUUAGAUUUCUUUUUCAUAGUUUUCUUAUAAAGACUGAAUUAAAAUAAUCUCAGCUUGUUUACUGCAUAAACAAAUAUGACUAAUAAAUAAAUAAAAUUACACACAAGACUCGAACAUCAUCAGCAAAUGAGUAUCUCUGUCAGAAACAAACUCACAACUCGAAACUGGGAAUUCUGAACUCGGAACUGGGAAGUCUGAACUCGGAACUGGGAAGUCUGAAAUGUAAGGAAUAUUGAUGUAAAAAUCCACUUUUUUAA